AUGGAUAUUAACAUUGCAGAAGCAGUAGAGGGGGAGGAUGCGCUCACUUAUGCCGGAUCACUACCAGUACCAAAUGUUCAAGAGAUGGAGAGAAGCAAUCCUAUGCAGGUUCCUGAACGAUACAUUAGGAACCAAGAAGACAUGCCCAAAACUACCGAUGCGAUUCACCUUUCAUGUGAGAUUCCCGUCAUUGAUUUAUCAUUACUAUCAAAUGGGCACAAGGAGGAGCUCAAGAAACUGGAACUAGCUUGCGAAGAAUGGGGCUUUUUCCAGGUGGUGAAUCAUGGAGUAGCAGAAGAAGUGUUGCAAGGUAUGAAGUACAGUGCAUCUGAGUUUUUUGAACUCCCAUUACAAGAGAAGAACAAGUAUGCAAUGGCCUCAGAUGACAUACAAGGGUAUGGCCAGGCAUUCGUUGUUUCUGAAGAGCAGAAGCUGGAUUGGUCAGAUAUACUGGUUCUUGUUAUUUACCCUACACGAUUUCGGAAGCUUAAAUUUUGGCCAAACGCACCAAAGGAAUUCAAAGAAAAGAUCGAAGUCUAUUCAAAUGAAGUAAAAAGAGUAGGAGAGGAGCUCCUAUGUUCCUUGUCUUUGAUAAUGGGAAUGGAUAAGGAUACUCUCCUUGGACUGCACAAAGAGUUUGUGCAAGCCUUGCGAGUGAACUACUAUCCCACUUGCAGCAUACCAGAUCAAGUACUGGGUGUAAGUCCACACUCGGACACAAGCAUCCUAACCAUACUUAUGCAAGAUGAUGAUGUCACUGGUUUACAGAUUAAGCACAGUGGAGAGUGGGUGCCUGUUAAGCCAAUUCCAAAUGCUCUGGUCGUGAAUAUUGGAGAUGUUAUUGAGAACAGGGCUAGGAUUUCAUUUGCAUCUUUUAUUCUUCCACAUGAUGAUGUGGAAAUUGAGCCAUUUGACCAUUUGGUAGAUUCCCAGCAGCCCAUUAAGAUAUACAAGAAGGUAAGAUACGGAGAUUAUCUUAGGCAUUCCAUGAAAAGGAAAAUGGAGGGAAAGUUUCACACAGAAAUGGCCAAGAAUGAAAAUUAA